AUGCUUGUAUCUCAACAAUCACAUCAAUGGUCAAAUCAAUUAGAUUCAUCGCUUACAAGUAAUCGUGAUCGUCAACAAAAAUCUGAUAAUCGAACAAAUAAUUCAGAAGGACGAACACUUUUAACGGGUCCUAUUCCAGCAACACCAGACUAUGAAUAUGAUAAUCGUGCUACCAGUGCACCAUGUGGUUCUCGUGGUAUUGCUCGAGUUCAUGGUUCUGAUGCAAAAGCAAUUCAUGCACGAGCAACAAAUGGUACUGGUGUUCCAUUUCUAUUUGAAGUUCAAGGAACUGGUCUUCUAUCAACACAAGGAAUGGCAGCAAAACCACCUAAAAAUCAUUUAAAUGAAAAUGUCAAACGAAUUCGACAUGUAAUGAGAGAAUCCCGACAAAGACAAAUAAUCAAAGAACAAAAUAAACCAAUACCUGUUAAAGCCCUUUGGCAUUCUAAACAUUAUGAUCAUAUACCAUCGAAAGUUAAACAAAGAUUAGAAGAAGUAAUAUAA